GUUAUAUAAAUACAGAAACAGAAACUGAUAGAAGUGAGAAUGCAAAAAACAAUUUGACUCCAUCCCUUAUCCCUAAUUAAAAUACACAUUUUUGUUUAGAAUAGAAGAGUAGUAGCAUCUAUUUAGGACCCCACUCAUAUGGAAAGAAUAUCAUUUAGUUUUGGAAAUGUAGUAUUUGAUUAAGCUAAUUUGCAAUGUAAGUGUUACAGAACUGCAAAGUAUUAUUUACUCCAAAUCUGUGUUUUGUCACCUUUCUUUUUAUUUUUUCCAUUUAUCCAAUCUUCUGUAUGCCAACACACCUUCUUUUUAAAUUAGCUGGCAGAGAAAACCCUACAUUUUCAGAAAUGGCUACUAGUUUUGGAUGCUUCAUUGUUUGACUGAUACAUAUGAGAUGUAUUGUGCUCUUAGAAGCCUAGAGCAGCUACACUGGGAAAAAUCAGGCCCCCUUUGCUUUUUUAAGUUGCAUAUCUAAAGUGCUAAUCACUUUUGAAAAUGUAGGCCUAGUCUCCUGGCUUUGUUUUCAGUUGUAUUUUAAAACAAGAACUGUUUUAAACCUGUUUUAACAAGUAAUUGUUUUAAAACUUUCUUACUAGUCUACCCCACUCUUUAUCUUUACAAAUCAAGGUAACAAUGACAGCAAAAAAUAGGUUACAUUUAGCUGUUGUUGUAAAGAAUGCCUUCAUCGACUUCAGUGGACUUGGAGCCACGUUACUUUAAGGACUAAUUUUGGGGUGUGGAUUUUCUGUAUUCUACCUAGCUUUAUUCCUUCUAAAGCAUUCCAGUGUUCCUUCUAGACUGCUGAAGAUGAAGGAGAUGUUUAUUUCCAAAUUUGGAUCAGCUCCCAAGUUUUAUGUUCGUGCACCAGGACGAGUCAACUUAAUAGGAGAGCAUAUAGAUUACUGCGGGUAUGCGGUGUUACCUAUGGCUGUAGAACAAGAUAUACUUAUAAUGGUGGAACCUGUAAAAACUCAAGUUAUCCAACUGGCGAAUACAAACCCUUUGUACUUGGAUUUCAGUACUAGCGUUAAUAACAUUCAGAUUAACCAAACAAAACCUCUGUGGCACAACUACUUCUUAUGUGGAUUGAAAGGAAUUCAGGAACAUUUUGGUCUUAAUAACCCAACUGGAAUGAAUUGUCUGUUAGAUGGAACCAUCCCACCAAGUUCUGGUCUAUCUAGCUCCAGUGCCUUGGUGUGCUGUGCAGGACUCGUGACACUUACAGCUAAUGGAAAGAACCUUUCAAAGGUGGAACUUGCAGAAAUUUGCACCAAGAGUGAACGUUACAUUGGCACAGAAGGAGGAGGAAUGGACCAGUCGAUAUCAUUUCUUGCAGAAGAAGGAACUGCCAAGCUGAUAGAAUUCAAUCCACUGAGGGCAACUGAUGUGAAGCUUCCAAGUGGAGCAGCCUUUGUUAUUGCUAACAGUUGUGUUGAAAUGAAUAAAGCAGCAACUUCUCAUUACAAUAUUAGGGUAAUGGAGUGUCGUCUGGCCACAAAGCUUCUCUCCAAGUCAAAAGGCCUGGCCUGGAAAAAAAUGCUGAAACUCCAAGAUGUGCAGGUUGAGCUAGGGUUUAGCCUGGAGGAAAUGCUGACCAUUGUCAAGGAGGUAUUUCAUCCCGAGCCUUACAGCAUACAGGAAAUUUGUAAAUGCCUGGGAAUUAGCUUGGAAGAACUACGCACUCAGAUCCUCAGUCAAAACACGCAAGAUGUCACCACCUUUAAAUUGUACCAGCGUGCUAAGCAUGUGUACAGUGAAGCUGCCAGAGUGCUGGAGUUUAAGAAGAUAUGUAGUGAGGCACCUGCCAAUGCAAUCCAGCUGCUGGGAGAAUUAAUGAACCAGAGUCAUAUCAGCUGCAGGGACAUGUAUGAAUGCAGCUGUCCUGAACUGGAUCAGCUGGUGGACAUCUGCCUGCAGUUUGGGGCCAUAGGGUCACGCCUGACUGGAGCAGGAUGGGGCGGCUGCACUGUGUCAAUGGUGCCUACUGACAAGCUGACUUCUUUCCUAAAAAAUGUGGAACAAGCUUAUUACAAAACUGAUGACCAAAGGUUAGCGCUGGAGAAUAAUAGCCUGUUUGCUACCAAGCCCGGAGGUGGAGCUUUGGUUUUACUCGAGGCCUAAAGAACGUAAAAAUUUGAAAGAAACUAUGUAGGCCAUUUGGGAACUGGCAGGACUUCCCAUGCCACAGUAAAUUAAUCCCUUUUCUGUUUUAGAUUAAAAUGAGCAGUUGCUAUUAUCAAGAUACAUUUCUAAAGAAACAAUUAAAAGAGCUCUCUUAGGCUUUACAAUGUAUUUUUAAAACCUAAAAAUCUCUCCCCAGCUAAUAGUAUCCUAAAUGCUUAUUUCUCUGUGGAUUGUAUCGUGUAUACAUUGAUUUGGUGAAACAUACCGAUUUGAAAAAUUGAAAUGAACAAGGCAGACAAUUAAAAUAAAGAUGCAUACUUUUCUUAA